AGGACAAAGGCAGGAAACCUGCUAAAGACCGGAGGCCCUUAGAGCAGUUAGUUAGCUCCUACAAGGCCUUUAGCCAUGAACAAUAUCACCCGGGCUCCAGAGCUCAUCCUGCCAGCUAAACAAGGCCAGUCAGCAGAAUAAGUGAAGUCCAAGUUGCUUUUCUUCUAAAUGGUAGUUCUUUCUUCCUGACCUUCUCCGACCAUGCUCCACCACAAACUUGUUUGAGAAGUUAAUUUACAACGUGAGCGGGAAGAAACGUCCUCUGUUCUCUGGGAAAGGCCACUGAAGCAUCCUUCUACAUCCCCGCCACAGCCAGCAUAAGCACCCUUCCCGUCAUCCCCGGCGGCCUGGUCCCUCCCUAUCCGAGGUUCCACAUCCGGAUCCUGUUGCGCCUGAAAGAUGACGGGCUCUUAGGGUGGACUCUGGGAGCAAGGGCAGGCAUGCGUGGGGAAGCUUCUGUCACACACCACGAGGCAACGAGGGUCACAUUCCUGGCGACCGAGAAGACUGCAGAGGAGCCUACCUACGGAGUUUUGUCGGGAGAGGGCUACAGUGUGCGGACUGCGUGUGACCGGAAGUGGCGCAGUUCUAUUGCGCCCACUUAACGCCGCGUGAGGCCGCCCGCCGUGGGACCCACACGUCCCGGAAGCUUCAGGCAGCGGUGCCAGGUGUGCUCCGUGUGCGGGACGGGCGACAGGUGGCGGAGAGCUGUGCAGUUGUUCCCCAGAUAUGCACAGUAGCUCCCGACCACAACGCUCUCCACAGCGGUCUGAGCGAAGAGUUGUGGGACUCUGGCCCGAGUGGUCUCUGCAUACCUGUCUGCCUGUUGUCUAUCCAGUGCGGAGAAGGGGAUGGGCGAAUUUAGCCUUCCACCCGCUGGAAGCACGGGACACUUCGAGGGCAAGCUCAGCCUGGCAGCACUGUGACUUCGUGGAGGACAGGGGAAUAUGCCCAUUGAAAGCCCAUUGAAUGGCCAAGCAGGUUUCUUACCUAGGGUUCCUCUGUAGAAAAUAGAUUUUAGCUACUCAGUGUCUCUAAGAACUGUAGCCAAAUGAAAUAACGUUUGAAGGCACAGAACAGAAUAAAUGUGAAUGUCCUUCUUGCAUCACAAAUGACGACGACGUACAGUGGGGUUCGGAGCACAUCGGCAAUAGGUCUCAUGACAUGGACAACACAAGCACUGGAGUGGAGGGAUCUACGUACUGUUCUUCUGCUUCUUCCGGUCCCUUGGUGGCUCUUUGAGGGCCUUGAUGAUCAGGGCGGAGGCAGACGGCACCACCUCAAUCUGCAGAGAGACUCAAUAUGAACACAGCCCAGGAAACCUUCAAACCUCCAUCAGACUUGAAUCCAUAGCAUAGUGGAUUCAUGCACCCUGGCACCCACCACCGACCUUCACAAUCAACAGUGUUAUAGCCUUCCUACAAAGAUAAAACAAGGAAGGCGGACUUCUAAUUUCUAGGCCAGCCUGGUCUACAGAGAAACCCUGUCUCAACACCCUCCCAAAAGAUAAAACUGAUUCACCAAUACAGGGAGAUCUUUGCAAAACCCAUGAUUCCUGAGGGCUGUUACCUCAACCCUCCCCCACACCAAGCAAUGUAAAUACCUGGGCCUGUCUGUUCUGGAUGGUCAGUUUCACUGUAAUUCUGAGACCUUUCCAGUCACCGGUGGCCUUGGCAAUGUCAUCACCAACUUUCUUUGGAGACUGUAGAAAUAACGGCAUUUGUUACCAUGAAUCCAAGGCCUUCAAGUUCACUGCUAGCCAGCCCUCCUCACCUUCCCACACGGGCUUUACAUCUCUAUUAAGACAACUCUGCAAGAAGGGCUAAUGAAGCAAAACACUUUCUGCAGCACCGGGACACCCUCAAAGCUUUAAAUACUAUGUUCCCAUGGGUUACACCCACGGAGUGUGCGCCUUUAAAGGUGCAGACUAGUGGCUGGGAUUUAAGCUGCCUCAACUGGGCUGUGCCACGAACCUACAAGCACAUGUUAUCUCCGUUUUCCCACCUCCUGGCCCGCAACAGGCACAUGGUGCACUCUUCUGACCUCCACAGAAACACGACCCUUAUGGAGGCCAAGCGGCACGCACGUUACAUGUCUACGGCUCUCAGUGGCGACACUUACCAGACCCAGAGGACCGAUUUUAGGGGCCAAGGCGGAUGUGGCGCCGACCUCGCCUCCGGUGCACCUCAAGUACACUGAGGAGAAAGCAAAAUUGGAAUUGUGCGUUGUGCGCCGCAGGCCGCCCUGCGCGCCGCCGUCGGGCCGCAGACCUCCCGGCCAGGCCUUACCCUAAGGCGCACAGGCUGCCAGAGCGUCGGAACUCCCUCCCCUUACACGCGAGGAAGACAGGGCCCAAGGGAGACCCGCCAGGCCCCGGGGCAGCACGCGGCGGAGAAGGCUCCGCCAGGAGCCCGGGCGCGGCGAGGGCACGCACCAACUUUGAUCUCGUUGGGGUCGAACUUGGGCGGCAUGGUGGAGGCGGCUGGUGUCGGAUGAACCCGGAUUCGGGACGACCGAAGAAAGUUGCACCGUUGCCUCCUCCGAGCCGAAAGCCGAAAAGACGGAUGCUGCUCCGCCCACGCCGGAUAUAGGCGGAAAAGCUCGGCUCUCGCGAUAACUGCUGGCUCCACCCAGUCUCUGGGCGACACCCUGGACGCCCUGUUUUUUAUGGGCAGGAGUCUGCGGCUGAGGACUGCAGAGCUGGGUCUAUGGAAUCUCGAGACUUUGUCAUCCUGAGUUGCAUGUCUUUCUGAAAUUUAAAGUUUCGGUCCUCACUUCCUAUGUUUGAAGGAGACCCAACUCCAGCUCAGCUUUUGGGGGCCUAUGGUUUGUAUCUGUGGCCAAGCCUUCAGAGUGACUGGCCUAUCUUGAGGUCCACGCCAGAAUCGGAACAUCGGUGGAGGACCUCCCCAUCCACAAAGCCAGGGUCCAGAAGAACUCACACUGGAGGAUGCCCCUCUUCUUUCGGAAGCGGAAACCCAGUGAAGAGGCUCGAAAACGCCUGGAGUACCAGAUGUGUCUGGCAAAAGAAGCUGGGGCAGAUGACAUUCUUGACAUCUCUAAGUGUGAGCUCUCUGAGAUUCCAUUUGGGGCUUUUGCAACGUGCAAAGUUCUACAGAAAAAGGUGUUGAUUGUCCAUACAAACCACCUCACCUCCCUGCUUCCCAAGUCCUGCAGCCUCUUGAGCCUUGCCACCAUCAAGGUUCUGGAUCUCCAUGACAACCAGCUGACAGCCCUUCCUGAUGACAUGGGGCAGCUGACAGUCCUGCAGGUAUUGAAUGUGGAAAGGAAUCAACUCACACAUCUCCCUCGCUCUAUUGGGAACCUGUUGCAGCUCCAGACCCUCAAUGUAAAAGACAACAAGCUGAAAGAGCUUCCUGACACCCUGGGGGAGCUGCGGAGCCUGCGUACCCUCGACAUCAGUGAAAAUGAGAUUCAGAGACUUCCCCAGAUGCUGGCACAUGUGCGGACUCUGGAGACGCUGAGUCUCGACGCCUUGGCAAUGGUCUACCCCCCACCAGAGGUGUGUGGUGCUGGCACUGCGGCCGUGCAGCAGUUCCUCUGCAAAGAGUUAGGACUGGACUAUUACCCACCUUCUCAGUACCUGCUGCCAGUUCUAGAGCAAGAUGGAGCAGAGAACUGCCAGGAUAGCCCCGAUGGACCCACAAGCAGGUUCUCCAGGGAAGAGGCUGAAUGGCAGAAUCGGUUCUCUGACUACGAGAAGCGAAAGGAGCAAAAGAUGCUGGAGAAGCUGGAGUUCGAGCGGCGCCUGGACCUCGGGCAGCGGGAGCAUGCUGAACUGCUGCAGCAGAGCCACAGCCUCAAGGACGAGAUCCUGCAGACGGUCAAGCAGGAGCAGACACGGCUGGAGCAGGGCCUGAGUGAGCGCCAACGCUGCCUGGAUGCAGAACGACAGCAGCUGCAGGAGCAGCUCAAGCAGACAGAGCAGAGUAUCGCCAGCCGCAUCCAGAGACUCCUGCAGGACAAUGAGAGGCAAAAGAAGAGUUCUGAGAUUCUGAAAUCGCUAGAGAAUGAGAGAAUAAGAAUGGAGCAGUUGAUGUCCAUUACCCAGGAGGAGACCGAGAACCUCAGGCAGCGUGAGAUUGCCGCGGCCAUGCAGCAGAUGCUGACGGAGAGCUGUAAGAGCCGGCUCGUCCAGAUGGCCUAUGAGUCUCAGAGGCAGAGCCUGGUGCAGCAGGCCUGUUCCAGCAUGGCUGAAAUGGACAAGCGGUUCCAGCAGAUUCUGUCAUGGCAGCAGAUGGAUCAGAACAAAGCCAUCAGCCAGAUCCUUCAGGAGAGUGUGAUGCAGAAGGCGGCAUUCGAGGCACUCCAGGUAAAGAAAGACCUGAUGCAUCGGCAGAUCAGGAACCAGAUUAGGCUAAUAGAAACUGAGUUACUGCAGCUGACACAGCUGGAGUUAAAGAGGAAGGCCCUGGACACAGAGACGCUUCAGGAGAUGGUCUCAGAGCAGCGCUGGGCACUCAGCACCCUGCUCCAGCAGCUCCUCAAAGAGAAGAAGCAGCGGGAAGAAGAGCUCCAUGGUAUCCUGGCAGAACUAGAGGCCAAGAGUGAAACGAAGCAGGAAAAUUACUGGCUCAUCCAGUACCAACGGCUUUUGAACCAGAAGCCUUUGUCCUUGAAGCUGCAGGAAGAAGGCAUGGAGCGGCAGCUGGUGGCCCUGCUGGUGGAGCUGUCUGCUGAGCACUACCUGCCCCUCUUCGCCCACCACCGCAUCUCACUGGACAUGCUGAGCCGAAUGAGCCCUGGAGAUCUGGCUAAGGUGGGCGUCUCAGAAGCAGGCCUGCAACAUGAGAUCCUGCGGAGAGCCCAGGACCUGCUAGAUGUGUCCAGGGUCCAGCCAGAGUUGAAACCACUCAAGAAUGAGGUCCUUGGUGUCCUCGAGCCCCACACAGCUCCUCAGGAGCUUCCUGAGUCAGUGAGACCAUCUGCCCCCCCAGCUGAACUGGAUAUGCCAACCUCAGAGUGUGUUGUGUGCCUGGAACGUGAGGCCCAGAUGGUCUUCCUCACCUGUGGCCAUGUCUGCUGCUGCCAGCAGUGCUGCCAGCCACUGCGCACCUGCCCACUGUGCCGCCAGGAGAUCUCCCAGCGCCUCAGGAUCUACCACAGCAGCUGAAUGCACAGCACCUACCAGCCCUGCCCCUUCCUUGGCACCAUCUCCACCACUGCUGGACUCCCACCUACCCACAUUCCCCAGACUAGGGCAAGACUGCCGUAGGCCUUUGUCACCACCUGUCACCCUGACCCCCACUGCUCUGAGCACUAGGCAGGCAGGUGGGAUGUCCUGGUCUGUGACAUAGCUAUUCUGAACAGUGAACAAAAGACAGGGCAAAUCUGCUGGUGCCUUGUGGCACAGGGCCAAGGUCCAGAGUAUGGAGGUGGCCCUGCAGGACUCAGGAAUCCAUGUUACUAGCCAGGCCUCAGUGCUGCACCCAGCUGUCUGCCCCUCCUGGAGGUGUCCAUCUCUGUGGAUUGCAUCAGCUAUCCUGUCCUAAGGUGCAGCAAUGUCUCUGGGAAGGGGUGGGCUGUGCAAGACUCCCCAGCCCCCUUUUGCUUCCUUCUGAACACCCACCCUCCCAUAUCUGCACCCUUAGCCUGCACAGGCAGGUUGAUUCCAAACAGGAGCGCCAAUAAAUCUGACUCCCUCCCAGAACUUGGGAGUCUGGGGAGAGGGCGGUUCUUCUGGGGAAAAGGGCCAGAGCUGCUGCACCUGGGUCAGAGGGAAGGCAGCAGACAUUGCCCAGUGGAGAGUUAGGCAAUGCCCUCCUAAAAGAAGGCAAGGGGAACAGAGCCAGGGACGGGGCCUCAUUGUUCAUAAGCAGCCUGUGCGCAUGGGGCAGGUUAUGUUCCCUGUAAUGAUUAUCCCAGGUAAGGGGGCUGCCAAGGCAACUGAAAGGCAUGUUAGCUCUCAGAUGGGUAGGCCACCCUCACUAGCUAUAGCGAAGGGGGUUCCAUGUGACAUUUCUUCUGCCCUCCCCAGUAGAGUGCGUAUGGCCUACAGCAUGUACUCAACAAAUACUACUACUCUGGGGGAAACUAGUCAUUGGCACCUAGCUCAGGCCCGGAGCCUACCUUCACAGUGGACACAUGGGAUUGAUCAGACAACAGAAGGCUAGUCACCUGAAAGCUCUAUGGUCUCUGCCCUUCUCUCUCAGCCUCAGUCUACCCCUCUAAAAUAGGGGAUUGUAAGAACGGGUUAAAGAAAGAGAUCUUAGUAAAGUGGUUGGCAAUUGGAAGUCUGGGUCCCCAGAACUCAUAGCCAGGCGAGUGCAUGUCGUCACAGUACUGAGGAAUCUGAAGCCGGCAGACCCUGGGACUCGCCAGCCAGCCAGGCUAUCCGAAUUAGUGAGUUCAUCUCGAAACACAAGGUGGAAUGAUCCAAGAUCCUUUGGCCUCCACAUGCACAUGUGAAUUUGUACCUGUACACACGUGCAGGAACACACUCAGGUCAGGGACCUGGGAGCUCAUAUGAUGAGCCCAAGAGAGCUGAGAUGAAUGUAUCCUUAGAUACCCUAGGCCCAGACCCCCCAACCCCCCCCCAUCUCCAGCAGCACAUGAGGAAAUGAGCUUUAAAUAAAGCGUUUAUUCAUGAGCAGAAGCUUA